CCGCUAUUGACACAUUGAAAGUAGUAGAAUCAGCUGGUUGUGUGCAUCCCAGUAGUCAGCCUUAACUGUGUAUGUGUAUAUAUACAGCAGGUAGACUGGUUGCUGGCACAUUUAGAGCUAUUACUUACUACCAUUAAGGAGAGACUAGAUACAAGUUGACACAUCACAGCAAUGGCCAACGUGGCAGAUUAUCCAGACCCCUAUGGUAUACGCCAGAGUCUCCAGCGUGCAACAAACAUUCAGUACCAAAGUCAUCAUGUGUCACGUGACAAGAGAGGCCAGGUCCUGGGUCAGAGAGGUGGAUUCCGUGGGUGCACCAUAUGGCUAACUGGUUUGUCAGGUGCUGGUAAAAGUACCAUAUCCUUUGCCCUGGAAGAGUACCUUGUUGCCCAUGGCAUUCCUGCUUACAGUCUGGAUGGAGACAACAUCCGCCAUGGGCUGAACAAGAACCUGAGUUUCACUCCCAGUGACAGAGAGGAGAACAUCCGUCGUAUUUCUGAGGUGUCCAAGUUGUUUGCUGAUGCUGGAAUUGUCUGUAUCACUGCCUUUAUCAGUCCCUUUGGAAAGGAUCGUGACCAUGCUCGUAAACUCCAUGAAGAAAGUGGUUUGAAAUUUUUUGAAUGCUAUGUGAACUGUCCUCUAGAAGUGUGUGAGAAGAGAGAUGUCAAGGGGCUGUACAAGAAGGCCAGGAAGGGCGAGAUUAAAGGAUUCACUGGUAUUGAUGCAGCCUAUGAGUCUCCAGACAAUCCAGAGCUGAACAUUAAAAGCGGAGAAAUGACUGUGGAUGAGUCCGUGAAAAUGAUUGUUCAGUUGCUAGAAGAACAUAACAUCAUCAAGAGUAUCAUCCCUCCCCAAGCUGGCGUUCUUAAAGAUAAAGUCAAGGAGCUUUUUGUCCCAGAAAACCGCAUUGAUCAUGCCAGAGAGGAAGCAGAGUCUUUACCCAGUGUUGAGAUUACUAAGCUGGACUUGCAGUGGGUCCAAGUGCUGGCAGAAGGUUGGGCCAUGCCACUGACAGGGUUCAUGAGAGAGAGGGAGUACCUGCAGUGUAUGCACUUUAAGUGCUUACUGGAUGGAGGGACCAUAAACCAGUCAAUUCCAAUAGUUUUACCCAUCACGACAGAGGACAAGGAGCGCUUGAAUGAUUGUGCUGCCUUUACGUUACGCUAUGAAGGAAAAACUGUGGCCAUAUUGAGAACACCUGAGUUCUAUGAACACAGGAAAGAGGAAAGGUGUUGCCGUCAAUUUGGAACCAACAACACAGGGCAUCCAUACGUUAAGAUGAUCCAUGAGUCUGGUGAUUGGCUGGUUGGUGGUGACCUUGAAGUCGUGGAGAGAAUCUUUUGGAAGGAUGGCCUGGACCAUUAUCGUCUUACACCAAAUGAACUCCGAGACAAAUUCAAGGCUUUGGGGGCAGAUGCAGUGUUUGUGUUCCAACUUCGUAAUCCAGUGCACAAUGGCCAUGCCUUGCUGAUGUCUGACACUAAACGUAGACUCCUGGAGAGAGGAUUCAAGAACCCAGUGCUGUUGCUCCACCCACUGGGUGGCUGGACCAAAGAUGAUGAUGUCCCACUACCAAUUAGGAUGAACCAACACAAAGCUAUUCUGAAUGAGAGAGUAUUGGACCCAGAUAGCACUGUGGUGGCCAUCUUCCCUUCACCUAUGAUGUAUGCAGGACCCACAGAGGUCCAGUGGCAUGCCAAGGCACGCAUGUGUACAGGGGCCCACUUCUACAUAGUUGGACGUGAUCCAGCUGGAAUGCCACACCCAGAGGGCGGAGAUCUUUAUGAGCCAACACAUGGGUCAAAGGUUCUGACUAUGGCUCCUGGUUUGACCCAGUUUGAAAUAAUCCCAUUCCGUGUAGCAGCCUACAACAAAAAGCUUCAAAAGAUGGACUUUUAUGACCCGGAAAAGAAAGAGGACUUUGAGUUCAUUUCAGGGACCAAGAUGCGCAAGCUGGCACGUGAAGGAGAAAAUCCACCAAAAGGUUUCAUGGCACCAUCAGCAUGGAAGGUGAUGAGUGACUUCUACCAGUCACAGGCCAAGAAGUCUUGAUUCCACACCUGAACACAUAGGAAAAGAGGAUUUCUUACUUUAGCUUGUUUAAAUACUUCAGGCAGCCCCUUAGUGACUAAUAAUUCAAUUGAUUUACUUAAGUUUGCUAAAAUAGCCUGUGCUAUCGAGUCCCAUUCUCAAAAGUAAAAUAGUAGAACUGGCAAAAAUUAUUUUUAUGUCUGUAAAAAAGAUUUAAGAAAAUACCUACACCAAUGACCUACCUAUUUGAACCAAUGACCUCAGAAAAAAAGACAUUGCUCCUAACUAACAUGCUGCCAAAUCAUUCUGUGCCAGUAGGGGAUUUACAAAACAAUGUUUAAAUAAAUCUAACUGCCACUUAUUAUUACUAUUAUUAUCUUCUCUAUUAUAGAUAAGGUGAUAUAUUUAGACUUUCUUUUUAUUAUCCGCUCUGAUAUCUGAUCAAGACACUAUUUGUGAAGUAGUGAUUGAAGUCAUUUUUGUGAUGUAUACAAAUUUUAUUCUCUGAAAUAUUUAUUUAAUCAUGGGUUAAUCAUGGAGCACAAGAUGAAGUAAAAUGAUAACAGAAAAUACCUCUAUAUUCAAAAUUUGCCCUUGAAGACUAGUCUGGAGUGUUAGAACACACUGGCGAGAUUUACCAUUAUUUCAGAAAUAAUAUACUCCUGGAUCUUUAAUGGCUUUUGCUUUGUUAAAUGAUGUAAACCAUGCUGUUCUUAUCAUUACAUUAACCAAGUAGAGCAUCUUAAAUGCCACAAUGUUUUCAAAUAUAGAUAAAUGUUUUUCAGUGGAACCAAUAGCACUAGUCUUGUAAAUAUUUGUUAUAUACAGGAAAUUGGGAAGUUGUGUUUUGUUUGGGGUGUUGGCCUCAUACUCAAUAACCUAAUGUGGUGCAUAAAAUUGUUAGGAUUAUUAAGUCUUCAUCCAAGCCUUUGGUAAAUGUCAUUUUGAAACAAAUUGCAUGACUUUUACAGAAUUUUACUAGAAUAUUGCCCUGUGUUUUAACAUUUUGAAUAGUAUUUGAAAUACUUGGCUGGACCAAGAAGGCAUACAUCUGGAAAAUGUGUUACAUGAAGAAGACUUAUCAUAUGCAUUUAUUUGCAAAAGUGUCAGUAUUUUAACUUCCCCAGUUGAGCUUAAAGUUUUUCAAUGCUGCAAUAUCAUGAUUUGUAUUUAUUUAUUUUUUGUGGGGGUAGAUGCUAUAUAUCCCCUCAAUCCAGAGAGUCAGUUUUAAAUAAGCUCACAAUUAUGGGUUCAACUUUAUUGCACAGUGAUAUUUUAAUAAUAACUUUACCAUAUUUUUUUUUAUUUCUACUCAUUUUCAGAAAUAUGAACGUAUUUACAAAAAUUGGCACAUCAUGCCAUGUUCUUCCAUUUUCUAUAUUCUUUUAGAGGCCACAGUAGCAUGCUUUUGCAAGAACACCAAUACACACAGCACAUGCUUCUAUUUGCAUGAACAAAGUUGCCUUGCUGUUAAGGCUGUAAUAGUUGAUAGAUAUUGAUACAUUACCAUCUUGUUAUUUUAGCGAAAUAACAUGGCUAGUCUCCUGUACGUUUUAGCUAUAGUCAGACUUUUGAAUUUACUUGAUAACAUUAGUGCACAGGGGUUCAUGAAGAGUGAAGACUUAAGAGGGUUUAGAUAGGGCCAAAUAUUUAGUAAAUAUAAACAUAAUAUAAGUGUCACAGGGUUGUUUACCAUGUAAACAUAUUUAGAUUUGCCUAAUUAGAAAAAAAAAUGGUAUCAGGUACUUAUUAGAGCUAUAAAAAUGAUUGUUUGUGAUUAUUUGUAGAAAUGCACGUGGUUUAUUUUUAGUACAGGAAUAAAAGAUUAGAUGCAAAAGUUUUCGUUUUUUUAAUGUAAACAAAUCAUACAUUCCACCCUUUUUAAUGUUGUUAUUCUAAAUAAUUUGGAAUACUUGCGGGUAUUCUCUUAUGGCGAGCUCAUUGUAUUGAAAUUUGUUUACUUUUAAACAGG